CUCGGGGACUCAACGGGACUCUAGCUGUGGAGUUCAUGGGGACUCAAUGGUAGUGAUGGCUCAAGCACUCAGGGGCAUCACAGGUAGCUAUACUCCGGGCACGCCAUGGGGCAGUUCAAGUAAGGGUAGUCAGGCGUGUAGUAGGGCAGUUCAUAACCCAGGUGGUCUGUGCGCACAACAGGGCCAGCUCAGGACACGGGUGGUCGGUGCACACAGCAGGGACAAUUCAAAACACAGGUGGCCGGUGCGCACAGCAGGGACAGUUCAGGACACGGGUAGUCUGUGCGCACAACAGGGACAGUUCAGGACACGGGGAAGGUCGGUGCGCACAAAUGGGACAGUUCAGGACACGGGUAGUCUGUGCGCACACCACAGGCAGUUCAUGGCUUCUAGGGACACUCACGGU